CCCCGCCCAAUCUGUCCAGGAUUCUUCAAUCUUCAUCAUCAUCUUCUUCUUCUUCUUCAAGAUUGCUUCUUGCUUAGGAAGCUGCUGUUUGACGAAGAUGUCGAGGGCUUAUUCGUGGACUAUUACGGGCUACUGCCCCUGGUUUCUGGGCAUUUCCACGGGCUUAGUGUUGCUGCUGGGUGCAGCCUUGUCAACGCCCUAUCUCCGCUACCGGUUCUCCGAUGCUUCAAGUCUUCGUCAGCUUCCGAUUUCCAUGAGAGUCCCCUCGAAAGGGCCGGGGCAGCCUCCUGUCCUGGCCUAUUCCAUCUCUGGCCGUGGGGGAGAUGCAGCCAGGAUGCUGAGGCUUCUCGAGGCUACUUAUCAUCCAAGAAACCAGUACCUCCUGCAACUCGACCACGACCAUGAGAGGAUCCAAUUGGCUCUCUCUGUCCAAUCCGAGACUGUGUUCCGGGCUUAUGGGAAUGUCCAUGUUGUGGGAAGAAGCUAUGCCGUGAACCCAAUGGGCGCCUCGGCCCUGGCUUCCACUCUCCAUGCUGCUGCAUUGCUUCUCAGGAUUAGUCCACAUUGGGACUGGGUUGUGGUCCUAAGCGCCUCUGACUAUCCUCUUGUGCCUCAGGAUGAUCUGCUCCACGCUUUCAGUUUUCUGCCAAGGGACCUCAAUUUUAUCGACUUCACGAGCAGCACUGGCUGGAAGGAGAGGCAGAAGGCUAAUCGGAUCGUCGUAGACCCCAGUCUUUACCUGAAAAAGAAGGCUCCACUCUUCUACGCUGUGGAGAGCAGGGCUGCCCCAGAUGCAUUCAAGGUUUUUGGAGGUUCACCUUAUGUGAUACUGAGCAGAGGCUUCACAGACUAUUGCGUCAAUGGAUGGGACAAUCUCCCAAGGAAACUCCUAAUGUACUUCAACAAUGUGCUGCUUCCUCUUGAGCUCUACUUCCACACCGUCCUCUGCAACUCCCCCGAGUUCCACAACACCACAGUGGCCGAUGACUUGGGCUUGAGCUACUCCGUUGCUUGGCACACCGGCACAGGUCAGCCCCGGCAGCUCGACAUCUCCCACUACGACAAAAUGGUGUCGGGCCACGCAGUUUUUGCGCGAGCUUUCAAAGAAGGGGAUCAGCUGCUGUCAAAGAUCGACGCAGAUGUCCUCCGCCGAGCAGAGGACAGGGUGGUGCCGGGAAAAUGGUGCGAGUUUGGCCCGGCAAAGGGAAUGGAUGCAAGGAGUUUGAUGUGUCCGGCAGAUAACUGCACGAGUUGGGGUGACAUCAACUCGAUUAGGCCAGGGUCCAGUGGACUGAAGCUUGCAACUUUGUUCUCCAAGCUUGGGAAAGGCGGCAGACUAAGAGCUAAUCACUGCCAUAACACUUAGCUACCACUCUGUAAAUGAAUGAAACUCACCAAAGGACUUGUAAUAUGAAAGAGGGGUUUGUUGUUCCAUAGCUUAUUUCACUGCAAAUUCCAGCCUACUUUUACAGUUUUACGACUAAGAGAGUGAGUCUUCGUGGCAACGAUACCAACAAGGUGUCGGGCUAAAGUUGUUAAGAGUAUUCCAUUUAACAUGAAACAGUUAAAAUUAGUGCUCGUGAAUUAAGACAGACACGACUAUCAAUAGAAUUAUCGGAGUGAUUAAAGUAA